ACCAUUCGAAAUAUCUACCAUUCGUGAAUUAUCAAGAAUAAAUAAACGGCGAGCGUCCGCAAACGAAUUUUCGACUUAGUGUCCGAGUAUAAUACGAGCGUGGUAGAAGUGGUGUUAUUCUACGAUUAAUAACACAACGCAGAUAACGAGAUAGCGCAUUAUUUGUUCUUUUGUUGUAAAACUAUAAGCGUAUUUUUAAAUCAAAGUUCAGUGUCAAUGAUAAUAGCCCGAUCGUUAAGAAAUUUUUCAUCGGUUGUACAUUGUGUGUUAGUGUUUCGGAUGGGCAGUUCAGUGAGGAACUAACUCUUAACGCGUUUAAAUCAGAAAUUUAUUUGAAACAGUUGCAAAAUGAAGCAGAAGUCAAUUACGAGUCGGACUGAGCAUCUCAUGAAUUUGCUUGGGUUAAAAUAUCGUGAUAACAAAAGAUGUCUUGUUGUGUGCAUAGUAGGAGCCCUUAUGAUCAUAUCAGGUGUUAUGAUCAUGCAUUAUCAACCAAUUAAAGCAUUUGUGACAUCUCAAAUGAAAAUGUCACCCAAUUCACUGUUAUUUAAACUGUUUCAACAUCCUCCGAUUGAGGUAACACUAGGAAUUUAUGUGUUUAAUGUCACAAACGCUGAACAGUUCCUAGCAGGUAAAGAAAAACUCAAAUUGGAAGAAGUAGGACCUUAUGUUUAUAUUGAGGAUAUUAAAAACACAAAUCCAAUCUUCCAUGAUAAUGGCACUUUAUCAUUCACUACCAAGCGAUUCUUAGAAUUUCGUAGAGAUCUAUCUGUUGGAGAUCCCUUAAAAGACACAAUAAUAUCUCCGAAUAUUCCUUUAUUGGGUAUUUCAUCGUUUUUAAAAGACAAAUCCAUGAUGACAAAUUUGAUCGUUGCUCAAAUUGCUAACAUCAUGAACUCUCAGCAGUUUCUCAAUCUCACCAUUGAUCAGUAUCUUUGGGGUUAUGAUGAUAACCUUGUCACGUUAGCACAUAAUGCACUUCCAAAUUGGAUCAACUUUCCCCGAUUCGGUAUUUUUGAUAGAUUGUUAGCCUUAGACAACGCAAGUAAUACGGUAACAAUCAAAAUAACCGACGAUCCAAUCGAAAGUAGUCUUUUAAGUGAUUUGGAAUCACGUGCGCCGUAUUCGAUUGUCAACUUCAACGGAUCACCAGGUCUCCAUCAUUGGGGAUACCAUGACCAACCGCGUAACGAAACCUCUGAAUACAAUUCGAGAUGUAACAGUAUUGAAGGUGCUUAUGAAUCAGGCGUAUUCGACGCACGAUUCAUUAACGAAUCAACAGACAUUUGGUUCUAUCGACGUGCGUUCUGUAGAGCUGUACCAAUUCAAUAUUCCGGUCGUGGUAGGUACGAGAACUUCGACACUGUCAACGCACGCAUACGAUCCAACUUCUUAUCACUCCCGGAACAAAAUCCACAAAACGAAUGUUAUUGUAAACAACCUGGUGUCAACUGCCGAUACAAUGGCGUUGGAUAUUUAGCUCCGUGUUACUAUGGUAUACCCAUCACGAUAUCCCAACCUCACUUCUACAACGCCGAUGCUGCGCUGUUGGAACAAGUUGAAGGUAUGCAUCCCGACCGCACGAAGCAUGACACACAUCUGGCCAUCUCCGAAACAAUUGGUGUGCCUGUCCAUGCCCGAAUGAGGAUCCAAAUCAACUUGGAUGUUGACACGCGUAUGUCAUCCAGGUGUAAACCAUUCAAUGGUAUUAUGUUACCAUUGUUCUGGAUUGAAUUGGGCACGUACCAAUUGAGUUGGAUAUUCUACGCGGCUGAUUAUGGUAUCAAAUAUGUGGUACCCAUCUUCUCCGGGUUGUUAUCCUGGUUGUUGAUUAUCUUCGGAGCGGCGAUAGCAGCCUCGGCGGCGUUGUUAACAUUCUACAGUCAACCGCAUCCAGGGUUUGAAGAUCUCUACGAUAAUAAGGUAGGAUACACGCCGAUUCGAGUGAUUCCUGUUUAUACAAAUCCGACGAUUCGUAUAAGUUAAUUUCAUAGACGUUUUUGAAUAAAUUGACAAUUGCUCAACUAAUAUCGUGAAUACAUUGAGACUGAGUAAAAUUUAACACAAAAUGUUUGUUUGGCCCAAAAUGCAACAAAGUUUUAUUAAUUAUUACUAAUGAAUAAACGAGAAUCAAAAUGUAAUGUGCAAAUGUAUAGUUAAAUUAUUGACAUCGAGAGAAAUAAUUCUCGCAUCGUUUUUUUGAUAUAAAUGAUGCAAAUACUUGUGAUUUAGUCAUUAUUUCAUAUCCAUAUUAGUUAGGUUAUGUUACAACGUAGUUCUAAUUAUAUACAAUUGUACAAUUUAUAUAUGAAAUUUUAUACGGGGUGUAGUGAUAUUGUAGUCUAAACUAGUUAGUGAAUGACGCUUAAAUAGUUGUAUAAUGCGAUUGAAUAAAUGAUAAUAUUAUGUAAAA